GCUGCGCGCUGGCUUCUCUGUCCUUUCGGUCCCGGCGGCGGCAGCAACGCUGAGCCAGCGGCCCCUACCCUCCGGCUCUCCGCGCCUCCAUUCGGCUCUGCGCCCUCUGCGCCGCCCGCUGCGUCACCAUGACGGAACAGGCCAUCUCCUUCGCCAAGGACUUCCUGGCCGGAGGCAUCGCCGCCGCCAUCUCCAAGACGGCCGUGGCCCCGAUCGAGCGGGUCAAGUUGCUGCUGCAGGUGCAACAUGCCAGCAAGCAGAUCGCGGCCGAUAAGCAGUACAAGGGCAUCGUGGACUGCAUCGUGCGCAUCCCGAAGGAGCAGGGCAUGCUCUCCUUCUGGCGGGGCAACCUGGCCAACGUCAUCCGCUACUUCCCCACCCAAGCCCUCAACUUCGCCUUCAAGGAUAAGUACAAGCAGAUCUUCCUGGGGGGUGUGGACAAGCACACGCAGUUCUGGAGGUAUUUCGCAGGCAACCUGGCCUCGGGCGGUGCCGCCGGCGCCACCUCCCUCUGCUUCGUCUACCCCCUGGAUUUCGCCAGAACUCGUCUGGCGGCUGACGUGGGGAAAACGGGCACGGAGCGGGAGUUCAAGGGCCUGGGCGACUGUCUGGUGAAGAUCACCAAGUCGGACGGCAUCCGGGGCCUGUACCAGGGCUUCAACGUCUCCGUCCAGGGCAUCAUUAUCUACCGCGCCGCCUACUUCGGCAUCUACGACACCGCCAAAGGCAUGCUCCCGGACCCGAAGAACACCCACAUCGUGGUGAGCUGGAUGAUCGCCCAGACCGUGACGGCCGUGGCGGGUGUGGUCUCCUACCCCUUCGACACCGUGCGCAGGCGGAUGAUGAUGCAGUCUGGGCGCAAAGGAGCCGACAUCAUGUACAAGGGGACGGUGGACUGCUGGCGGAAGAUCUUCAAGGACGAGGGCGGCAAGGCCUUCUUCAAGGGCGCCUGGUCCAACGUGCUCAGGGGCAUGGGCGGCGCGUUCGUGCUGGUCCUGUACGACGAGCUGAAGAAGGUCAUCUAGUGCGUCCGCCCGGGGACUCCGGGACCGGGACCAGGGGCGCCGCGUAGAACCUGUCACUGUUACGGACCAUUGACCUUCCAGAAAUUCCAGCCUCCCCGCCUGGUCGCAGCACGGGCACCCCGAUUCCAUGCGGGGGGAGGGGACCCCGCGCCCCGGGUGCACGGGCGGGCCGCCGCACCGCGCAGGCCGGGAGCCAGCGCCUGCGCGCUCCCGCGACCUGGCGGGGCUUCGUUUUAUUUAACGGAAAUCAUGUUGCCCAUUUGUACCUAAGCACUCUCGUUUUUGCACAGCUGAGCAUUGGCGAUUAUGUUCUAUGUUGGGCAUUUUGCUGCAAACAAUUAAAUCCAGACACAGAA